GCCACUAAAAAGUUAUUAAAAAUUAGUUGCUUUAGCCAUUAGUUAUGACCAAGAUUUUUGAAGCUCCAGCGGAAAGUGAGUCAGCUGAGCUGGUCAAUUGUGAAUUGUCAACAGCGAUUGAAGCAUAGCACAACAUUCUACUUUCCUAAACAUUUACCACACUGUGCAGAUUUGUGUUGCCUUCUGGUUGCACAACGAAUAGCUUGCUAAGUUUAUCGUGAUCGUCAGUAUAAAUACUCCUUUUUUAUACCAUUCGUUUCAUUUGUGAAUGCGCCUAUCGCUGAUAAGGUUCGCAAGAAUGGUUGUGAAACAUAAGGUCACUGGAUACGAGGAGUUUACCAAGCUGGCGGAAAGUUUGGAAAGCAGCGGCGAGCCGGUCCAUAUCUUGUUCACCGGGAGCAAGGACGAAAAUGGGGAAAGCUGGUGUCCGUACUGCGUCAAGGCCGCACCAGUAGUGACGAAGGCUCUGGAAAAUGCGCCGGAAAAAAGUCAUUUCAUAACGGUUGAAAUUGAGCGUCCAUUCUGGAAGGAUCAAAACUGUCCCUACCGUAAGGAUCCCCGAACCCAUCUGGUGUUUCUUCCAACCCUGCUGAGGUGGCGAUCGCCCCAGCGCUUGGAUGGUUCUCAGUGCGCCAAUGAAGAUCUGGUAGACAUGCUGUUGCAGGAUGAAGAUUAAAGGGAGAAGAGAAGCACGUGUGCGCCCCAUGUUUCCGUAGCCGUUGGAAUGAAGGAUUUUAUUUGCAAUAUUAUUUUCCCCCGAGGUCUCCCUGUUUCAGGAAGAGCAAAGGAGCGUAUUGGUCAAUAUUAUAAUGUGUUUUUUAGAGCUUGUCUUUUCUACUCAACCAAUAAAUAUUAAAAAGUGAAGUA